GGCAAACUCACACUAGAUAUCAAUCUUCUUUUACAGAAGCAACAAACAACCCAAAACCAACAAAAUGAUGAAAAUCUUCGUAAUCCUCUCAGCUCUGGUCGCCAUCGCGUGCGCCAAGCCCUCAGCGGCGAUAUUUGCUGCUGCCCCUGCACCCAUCGUGACCGCCACCAGCUCACAGUACUACCACCGCAUCAACAACGGCCUGGCUGCAUAUGUCGCCGCACCCGCAGCUUAUGUUGCCCCCGCCGCCUCCUACGUUGCCGCCCCGUACGUUGCCGCCCCAGCAGCAUAUGUCGCACCAGCGGCCCGCUACGUAGCCGCCCCUGCACCCAUCGUUGCCGUCUGAACUGCCUAACCAAAUGACUUGAAAUAAAAUUAUGCAAGCUUGAA